GUGACAACACAAGAAGAAAAAGAACCAUGAACUUGUCAAAUUUGGCAGUUCUUAUAGCAACAAGCAUGGUGCUUGUCCAAUGUCAUGAUUGUAAACAUUAUGACCUAUCGGCAUCUGAGCAGUCUUUUCUGAUGAAACAUUACCUCCAUACCUCUAGAAAUGGGGAAGGCCUUUCAACAGGAAAACCAGUCGCCUCAGGUGUGACAUAUGUACGCUGGGGAAAGAAAGGAUGUCCAAAAGGAGUAGAAAUGGUAUAUACAGGACAAGCUGGUGGUAACCAUUAUCAAAACAAAGGAGGAGGUGUCAACUAUCUAUGUUUACCAAAUGAUCCAGAAAACGGACAGCCAAUAGCAGAUGGUAAUGACCAGUUAUUUGGUGCCGAAUAUGAGAUUGAAUCAUCAAACAAACCAUCAGGAAUGAAAAGUGAUAUGCGCCAAAAAGAGGUGCCAUGUGCUGUUUGCUACCAAAGAAAAAGAUCAACUAUUCUUAUGAUACCAAAGUGA